UUAGAUAAAGAGGGCUUGGUUCUACUUCGGCAUCACCUGAAUCUCGGCGCAAGUUUCAUUUCGUUACGUACGUUUUCACGGUGAAAAGGCAGGUGCCUAAAAGUCUGCAAACAUGGUGUCCUUGCAGACUAUUGCGAGUAUAGUGAUCAAAGUGCUAAAGUUGGUUAUCAACCUCAUUGUAUUAAUCCUGUAUCGUACGGGAUAUGGUGGCGAGUUUCUAGGAGUUGGUGGCACUUGGAAUUUGAACGAAGACAAGAAUCCCGAUGCCGAAAUUGUUGCUUCCGGUGUAUUUGUCGGAUUCUUCAUUUACACAAGCGUUGUCCUUAUCAGCUACUGUUUUGGAAGUACUGACCAUAAAAAAACUCUUGUAGAAAUCAUCAUGAAUUUCGUUGGAACUUUUAUGUUCGUGGCUGUGGGUGGAACAGCUCUACAUUACUGGCAUGGUUACCAACCUGAGCAAAAAUUCCUAUACGAUGCGCCAGAGAGACAGAUUGGACUGGCCGUGGGCUCGUUGUGCGUUUUGGAAGGCGCAGCGUACCUGAUAGAUUUAAUAUUAAGCUUUCUCCAUUACGCCAAGGAUGAAUUUCAAUAGAAGGGAAAGUAUUACAAGAUAAAAUAGAUAAACAUUAUUUUAAUAGCGACAAUAUGCUCUCUAAAUUUCCUAGAGUUCACUCUUAUAGAGAGCAUUUUUACUCUAAUUAAAGUGACAAAUCACUCGAACUUAGAUAUAUUUGAUUUUCACUCUUUUAGAGUAAUGUUUCACUCUAGGAAAUUUAGAGAGUGUACAAAAACUUCCGUUUGAUUUCAUCAAGAUCAGCUCAUGCUGUAACUAACAAUACGUACUAAUUCAAAUUUCAUAUAUUAAACUCUGUUACGAUUACGUUCCAUGGAGAGAUUACGUUCAAUGUGUCUCUGGGUAUAUUGUUAGUUUCUGCACGUUUCUUUAUGUAUAAAAGUUUCUCUCUUCGUGGAAAAUGCAAGUAACCUUGUUCUUCUUUGAAGAGAGACAAAGUUUCCUCAUUGUACGCGUUUUUAUACAUAUUUAUUUAUACAAAUGUGUACUUUCCAUUUGAAAAUAUCUGUAAUGUAUAUGAAAUAAAGUUUAUUAGAAAGUUUGUAAUAAAACGGCUUCUAAUAUA